UCCUUUAUUUCCCUCGAUUUGCCGAUUGCGACUGCAAACCAACGGCUACGUUUUCUCCGGAGCCGGAGCUACCAACGUUGAAACUUUCAUCAUUGUCAAAAUUUUGGAUUUAGAAAGCCAUCGAGUUGUAGAGAAGGAAUUUCUGAAAGCCAGCGUAAACAAGGAGAGGAGAUUAUUGUUUGUAAUUUGGUGGGUUAGUAGUACCGCGAAUGCCGGAAAUGGAGCAGCCAAAGAAAGUUGCUGAUAGGUAUCUCAAGCGAGAGGUUCUUGGGCAAGGUACCUAUGGAGUCGUCUUCAAGGCCACUGAUACUAAGACGGGAGAAACUGUAGCAAUCAAGAAGAUAAGGCUUGGAAAACAAAAAGAAGGUGUAAAUAUUACGGCUCUCAGGGAAAUCAAAAUGCUCAAAGAACUAAAGCACCCCCAUAUAAUUCUGUUAAUUGAUGCAUUUCCUCACAAAGAAAACUUGCAUCUUGUAUUUGAAUUCAUGGAGACUGACCUCGAAGGAGUCAUUCGCGAUUCAAAUAUAUUCCUCUCACCUGCCGACAUCAAAUCUUACCUCCUAAUGACACUAGAAGGACUUGCUUAUUGCCACGAGAGAUGGGUCUUGCACAGGGAUAUGAAGCCAAAUAACUUGUUGAUAGGACCUGAUGGACAGUUGAAACUUGCAGAUUUUGGGUUAGCUCGUAUAUUUGGUAGUCCAGGUCGUAAAUUUACUCACCAGGUGUUUGCUAGAUGGUACAGAGCACCAGAACUUUUGUUUGGUGCAAAACAGUAUGGUGCUGCAGUUGAUGUUUGGGCUGCUGGCUGCAUUUUCGCCGAACUUCUACUACGCAGACCAUUUCUUCAGGGAAACAGUGAUAUCGAUCAAUUAAGCAAAAUAUUUGCUGCCUUUGGGACACCAAAAGCUGAUCAGUGGCCUGACAUGAAAAACCUUCCUGAUUAUGUAGAGUAUCAAUUUGUCCCUGCACCGUCUCUACGUUCUUUAUUCCCAGCAGUUAGUGAAGAUGCCCUCGACCUUUUGUCCAAAAUGUUUACUUAUGACCCAAAGGCUAGAAUUACCGUUAAGCAGGCUCUAGAACACAGGUACUUCACUUCUACACCGGCUCCUACUCAUCCGAUAAAGCUACCAAAGCCAGUUCGCAAGCAAGAAUCUAAGGCCUCUUACGGUAAACAUGAGGCAAUUAAAGUGUUAUCACCACCACGUAAGCUUAGAAGAUUGAUGCCUCAGCGUGGGAUACCUGAUUGUUUGAAGUCUCACGUUGAUAAGGACCAACAAGCACCCAUGUCGUUAGAUUUUACCAUCCUAGCUGAGCGGCCUCCAAAUCGACCUACCAUCACCAGUGCCGAUAGAUCUCAUCUGAAGAGGAAACUCGACCUCGAUUUCCAAUAAUAAUGUUCUUCGUCAUUGUCUUACCUUCAUUUGCAUGCUUUGGUGCUGGUGAGCUUUGGUGCCGGUGAGACAACAACAAUGUUAAAUUGUCAUUUUUUACUGCUGCUGAUGUAAACUGGCGAUUUAUUCUUCUUUUUCCCUUCAAUUACAAACUGGAGAAGGGACCCUAAAUUCACAAUGAUAAUACUUCGUUGUCCAAUCUGCUUUUUUCAUUGUAAACUGUUCAUCUUGUACUAUGAUUAUAAAGUUUUCUAUUUUUGCUU